AUGUCUGAUCUCAAGUUUGACGAUGAAGCUGCCCUCAAACUCGCCGGCGCCGCGUUCGACGCUGCCAAAGGUGGUGUGUCCAUUUCGGCCUCUGACGGCAACGCCAUAUACUCUUACCUCUUUUCCGUCUUUGCCAUCGGCGUCGGUCUGAUUCCCGGCGCUGGACCUCUCCUGGGCAGCAUGUGUGGUCUUCUCGGCGCCGUCCUGUUUCCCACCAAGGAGGAUCCCAAUGCCGUCUGGAACAGCGUGCGCCCGCGGAUUGAGGCCUUGAUUGGCGAAAAGUUAAAGGACAGCCAGGUGAAGCUGCUAGGCCAAAAGGUCAAGGGCUUUGCCAACAAUAUGAAGGCCUUUACCCGCGUCUUCCACGACUUUGAAAAGGCCACGGGAGACAACAAGGCCAGGCAGGGCGAGAUUCUGCGCACCCACCACACUGCCUUUUUGGCAGUCCUUCAAGCAACCAUUCCCGAGUUUCAGGGUGAGGACUAUGCUGUGGCCGCUCUCCCGCUCUUCACCCAGGCCGCCAGCAUGCACCUCACGCUCCUGGCUGACGGCAUCCGCAACGGAGAGGCCUGGGGAUUCACCCAGGACUACAUCAGCCAUAACCUGCAGCAUGAUUUUGACGAGCUCACCAUGUCCUCCUCCAAGCGCGUCCGCGCCCUCCGCAGCCGAGACGAGACAUCGCAGGUGGACGCCCUCAAGGAGUGCAUCGCCGCUGGCGAGGCCGCCGGCUGGGACCAGGUGCUUCUCGACACCUGGAGGGAGGCGCUUGAGACCCUGUCCAAGCCCACGGCCCUCACCAAGCGCGCAACGAUGACGUAUACUGGCUACGUCAAGGAGUACUACCAAAAGGGUCGCGGGCUGGUCAAGCCCUACACUGCCAACUGGUAUUCCGGGGACAGGGGUGCGGCCGAGGCUCUGCACUUCAACGCCCUGUCCGACUACGACGCCGAAAUGAUCAAGCACGUGCUCACCUAUGCUGAGUUCUGGCCGUACCUGGCGGGUAAGGAGAUGCCCGACUCGGCCAAGCUUGCGCUCGACCGCGAAAUCUUUUCGGGCCCGUACGGCCGCUACACCAAGAACGCCCCCUGGAACAUCAAGACGCCUCCUCCCAUCAAGCCCCGCCAGGCCAACAUUACCGCCAUCAAGACCCGUCAUUGGGAUGGCAUUGACGCACUGCAGGUGCAGUACGGCGGCCAGUGGGGCCAUCUGUUUGGAGAUGCCAACGGCGGCGUAGAGGCCAUGGCCAAUUUGGCCUUUGACGAGUACAUCCAGUCCAUUGAUGCCCGGUACGGACAAAAGCUCGGCCAGUUGACCUUCUUCUCCAACAAGGACAAGACCUAUGGCACGUACGGAAAGGGAGUCAACGCGGGAAAUCAUACCCUCGUCAAGCAUGAAGGAUUCGGCCUCAGCAGCAUGACCAUCACCAACUGGGAAAAAUCCAUCCCACCAGGCACCGAGGGCAUCAUCUUUGGCUUCAGACCUCUGCUUGCUACUCGCGGCUAA